AUGAGUGAAGGCGAAGGAGAAGGUGAAGAGCAGAAAAUAGAGGCUCCACCAGUCCCAGGAUAUAAAUUUUUCAUAAAUAACAUAAACUCCUACCUCGGAAGAGUUCUCUACCAGGAAUUGGAAAACUCUGAACAAAUAAAGGAUCCUAUUGAAAAGCAUAUUUUCGUGGGAACCCAGACAAAGUCAGAGCCUGAUGAAGUCCCUCAGGGUGUGGAAAAGGUUAUUGAGAAUGACUUGACCAGGUCGUUUAGAAAGCAUAUCCUCGAAAGUGAUAUUGUUAUCUAUGACCUCAUGACAUCCAACUUCGAAGAAGUUGACCAUGUCAUUAAGACAUUCAAGACUCAUGAACUUGAGCAUGAUAAGGUACUGAUCUUGGUCUCUAGUGUCAUGUCAUGGGCAAAUACUCCUCCAAAAAUUAAGAAAGUUUAUGAAGAUGGCGAGGAAGCUGAAGGAGAAGAAGACGAAGAACCUCCAGAAGAAGAGGAAGAACAAUCCGAAAAUGAGGAGGAAGCUGAAGGAGAGGAAAACCAAGAAGAAGAGGUUGAUGAAAAUGCUCCUCCUAAACCUGUUGUCCUCACAUUUAAGGAAAAGGAUUUCCAUCUCAGAGUCCCUUCGAGGAGAUUUCAAUAUUUGAAGACACUAGAAACUCUGGCUUUAUCUUCUGUUAGAGCACAGCCUAAGCUGAGAGUAUAUGUACUAUGCGCAGGUAUUUUGUAUGGAGAUGGAGAGCGAAUUCUCCAUGAUCACUUCAAGCAAUCAUGGCUUCAAGACCCAAGGAAGUUACCUUAUGUUGGAGAGGGUAAGAACCUUGUUCCAACAAUUCAUGUUAGAGACCUUGCUAGGCUAGUUAGAAAAGUGGUUGGCAACAUGCCAGAAAGUUAUUAUAUCUUCGCUCUUGAUAAAACUAAAAACCCAACUCAGAAAAGGCUAGUAAGCUCUAUUGCGAAAGGCAUGGGAACUAAAGAAACUACCAGCGUUCAAUUUGAAGAAGUAAAGAAACACGAAUGGGCAGAGUUUCUUACUCUUGAUAUCAAGAUGAGAGCCUCUGAUAUCCUCAAAGAUGAUGAGCCACCUGAAGAUGCUGAGAACCCUGAAGAAUUAGCUGAGCAGCUGAAAUUCCCUUGGCAUUGCAAGAAAGGAAUUCUAAGGAACAUGUUAAUGCUGAACAACGAAUUUAAUGAUUACAGAAAAUUGAAGCCAGUAAAGAUACUUAUUACUGGACCUCCAGCUAGUGGGAAGACCCAUUGUGCUAAGAUAUUGGCUAAGUACUACAACAUUCCUCAUAUCACAAUCCAGGAUGCUCUGAACCUAAUCCCCAAACUCAAGGGAGACUUUGCUGAAACUGUAAAUGGCUUCAUAGAUGAGAAAAAGGACGCUAUCGUCGAAGAAUUUGAAUCCAGAGAAGAUAGGAAGGAAGACGAGACUCUUAACAGAGAUGAGAUCUUCGUCAGACUUCCUGAUAAAUUCCUCUACCCACUCAUCAAGAUGAAAUUAUCUGAGAAUGCCUGUAGGAACCGAGGAUAUAUUCUUGAUGGAUACCCUAGGUCAUACACUGAUGCACAGUAUGUCUUCCUCAAGAGAGUUUUCAAAGAGACUGUAAAUGAAGAUGGAGAUGUUGAGGUUGAAGAAGCUGACGAAAAUGAUGAAAUUGAAGAAGACGCACUUGACGAUGAUGGAAAUCUUAUCCAAAAGAACUUUGAUAAGUACCAACCUGAUGAGAACCUCAUUCCUGAUUCUAUAAUCCAACUUGAUGGGCCUCAAGAGGCGAUCAGAGACAGACUCAUGAACUUGAGUGAGCAAAAAAUUGCCAACACCCAUUGGGAUAAUGAUGGACUUAUCAGAAGAACUAAAGUGUAUAGAGAUACUAACAAUUCUCCUAUUGGAGACCCUUCACUCUUGGAUUUCUUCUCAAAAUGGAAUAUCGCAAUCAUGGAAUCUAACUGAAUGGAUAAAUUGGAGAAGCUAAUAGAGAGCUACAAGAUUUUCAUUGAAAGAAAAGGAAAGCCAGUGAAUUACAUGAUUUUUGAUGAGGAAUUAGAGUCAACUAGGCUUGAGCAAUUUGAGAAAGAGAACAAAGAAAGAAAGCAGUUAGUUGCUGAUACAGCUGAAAGGGAAGAGUAUAUUGAAAGACAAUGGAGAAAGCAGAAGGAAGAUUACACUAAGAACAGAUUUGAACAUAUUAAAGAACAAGAAAGAGACUUACUUGACUCCAAAUCCCAACCUAUCAGAGCAUACCUUGUCGAUAACGUCGUCGGUAUUCUCAGCGAAGGCCUUUGCGAAGUAUGUAAGAACCAACCUGAAGACCCAGUCGACUUCCUCGCCGAGUUCCUAUUCAGAGAAUCUAAAAACGUACAGCCUAAUAACAUCAACUUUUACUAAACUGCUAUCUUCCU